AUGUCGGACAACCGUGACAACCGUGACAACCGCGGCAGUGGCGACAAGGGCGAUAAGCCCCGUCGCUCUGGUCGAAUCGAACAGGCGCAGCGUCAGGGCGCGCCUAACUACAACCUCAAUCGUGCCUACAAUCAACAGAGUGGCCAAGCUUCCCAAGGCGGUCAGGGUCAGGGCAACAACCCACAGCAGCGUGGCCAGCCUUCGGGAAGUGGCCAAGCUCAAGGCAAUAACCCACAGAGGGGUGGCUUCGACGUCGUCCCGCAUCCAAUGCCGGCAGUCGCCCAGGUUCUGAGUCCGGUAGUCGCCGGGGCUCUGACGCUGGCAGUCGGCACGGCUUUGAUGAUGGCAGCCGCCCUGGCUCUGACAAUGGCAGCCGCAGGAACUCUCCUAGACCUGGACCAGCCAGACUUGUCUCACAGGAACCCGGAGAUCAACCUCUCUCCAAUGUGUACCAGCGAAGAGGCGGAAGCCAUCAGCGAUCCAUCUCGUCUGGGUCCUCUGGAUCCGGUGGCUUUGAGGUUCUCAACCAGGCACCACCUGUUUUUCCGCGUGACCAGCCUCCUUCCGGUAACAUACAGGGAGCCAGACCCUCUGGAUCUAGCCAGCAAGCUGUAG